AUGACGGUCGUAACCGACCAGAUGCCGUACUUGAAGACGGCGGCACUGGGAGUUUGGGUGCGGACCGGGUCCCGAGCGGAAACGGUGCAGCAAAAUGGCAUCACGCACCUUUUGGAGCACAUGGCUUUCAAGGGAACCAAGACCAGGACAGCGCGCAGCAUAGCUGAAGAGAUCGAAGCGGUUGGAGGCGAACUGAACGCGUCGACCAGCAUCGAGCAUACCAACUACUAUGCGCGGAUCCUGGCAGAAGACACCCCUCUCGCAGUCGACCUUUUGUCCGACAUUCUACAGAACUCAACGUUCGAUUCGCAGGAACUGGCCCGCGAACAGCAUGUGAUCCUGCAGGAGAUUGGCGCCGCGAACGAUUCGCCCGAUGAUCAGGCGUUCGAUCUGUUUCAGGAAGCCGCCUGGCCGGACCAGGCGAUUGGCAGGCCUAUUCUCGGCACGCCGGAAACCGUUCAGGGGUUUAACCGGGACGCACUUAACACCUAUCUUUCCGAUCGCUACAGGGCACCGGAUAUGGUGCUUGCGGCAGCCGGUGCGGUUGAACACGACGAACUGGUUGCUCUUGCCAGGGAAAAGUUCAGUGGUUUCAGCGGCGAGGCGGCCGCCCAGGAUGCCACGGCCAAGUAUGGUGGUGGUGAGACGCUUCGAAACAAGGACCUGAUGGAAGCCCAGGUACUGAUCGGUUUUGAAGGCCUGGCCUACAAGUCCAAGGACUAUUAUGCCAUUCAGAUCCUUGCAUCCGUUCUGGGAGGAGGCAUGUCGUCAAGGCUCUUCCAGGAAAUACGCGAGAAGCACGGAUUGUGUUACGCAAUCUACAGUUUCCACUGGGCAUUUUCCGAUACCGGCCUGUUCGGAUUGCACGCUGCGACCAGUCAUGACGACCUGGCGGCGCUCAUGCCGAUGAUCACGGACGAACUAGUAUCUGCCUCGCAGACGAUCUCCGAUGAUGAAGUUGCCAGAUCACGCGCGCAGAUAAGAGCAGGGCUUAUGAUGGCUCUUGAAAGUCCGGCCGCCCGUGCCGGUCAGAUCGCACGUCAGAUCCUGGUUCAUGGAAGGGUACUUGGUCCGGAUGAAAUUUCCAGUAAGAUCGAAGCUGUUACGGCCGAGGAUAUUCGCAGAGUUGCGCACGAAACUUUUGUCGGAACCACGCCGACGCUGACGGCGAUCGGUCCGAUAGACGGCAUCAUGAAAGCGGAUGAACUGGCAGGACGACUGGAACAGGCCCCGGUGCUGCGGGCCGCGUCAUUGUAA